GGUGUGAAUCAUUAUAUGGCUAAUUUUCAAGUUAACAGUAUUACUACCAACACUCAUGUCGAGAUAUAAGUGUGUUGUUGACUUACUUUUUGCACAAUAAACCAGUUAUCGUGUUGUAAACCUCUCAUUGAUAUUAUUUCAGUUACGUAAUUGAUUACGUCUUUAUCGUCAAGCUUAACGUCCAAACGGUGUUACGAUACAUUUAGUCAUGAGAAAAACUCUCAAAAUGGCGUUCGUGCUUUAUAAAACCGACGGGAGCCCCCCCGCUCGCGCAGCUAUGAUGGUUGUCGAUCUUCUCGGUUUAAAAGUGAAAACUUCCGAAGUGUUUCCACCAACAGGAGAUCAUCUCAAGCCAGAAUUUGUGCAAAAGAAUCCAAUCCAUACGAUCCCUUUCAUAGAAGAUGGUAACUUCCGACUCGCUGACAGCCACGCAAUCAUAACUUACUUGAUGUCUAAAUAUGGCGAUGAUAAAAAGUUGGAAUGGUAUCCCAACGACCUGGAGGUGAGAGCUACUGUCGAUCAGCGCAUGUAUAUGGACGCGACUAUUGUUUUCCCCAAGAUCCGUGCGAUGCUAGCGACUUCGUUAAUAGAUAGAAAAUCUGUUCCGACAAACGAACAAUUAGCCGAAGUAAAAGAAGUAUACGGUAUCUUGGAGAAGUAUCUGGAACAGACGAGAUUCUUCGCAGCCGACCAUUUGACUCUGGCUGAUAUUUCACUCGUGGCAUCGGUUUCAACGCUCGAUGGUGUCAUCCCCGUAAACGAAUUUCCCAAACUGUCACAAUGGUUUGAAACAAUGCAGCAAUACGACUGGUAUCAAAGUGCAAAUAAGCCGGGCUUAGAAAAAAUUACUAAAAUGUUCCAUAAAAAUAAUAAGUUAGCAAUUACUGAAAGAAAAUUACAAAAUAAUUAAUUUGUUUCUUAUAUUUCUAGUAAACAUGGAACCUAUAAAGGAAAAAAAGUAUAGGAAUGUAAUAAUUUUAUAAAUUUUACACUUGACAAAAUAGUUUAAGAAUAGUUUGAUACCAUUAUUGAUAAAGUUUUUCAUGAUAAAAUGGAUGUUGUCUUUAGUAUAUUUUUUUUAAUAUAUGAUAAUAUCUAUUAGAUAAUUAUUUAUAAUAGCUGCAUGUUACUUUUUUUACACCAAUUUUAUUAUGAUGUUUUUUAUGCCUAAAUUAAAUGAAUGUUGAUUUAUGUAAUACUGGCAUUAUGUAAAAAUUAAAUUUUCAUCUUAUUUAUAGGAUAUUAGAUAAGGACUAGUAUUGACUAAGACCUUAGAUGGGAAUUCUGCCAUGUAAUUAUAAUUUAUAUUAUUUGUAAUAUUUAAAUUUUUAUUAUAUUAUAUCAAUUUUGCAUUUACAAUGCUAUAUCGAAAAAUAUUCUUAAUGAAAAAUGCUUAAAGAUCCAGUUUGUCCCUAGUACUAUGUGAUUUUGAGACCCAUUGCUGCGAAAGGUCAUGAGUUCCAUCCCUUCUUUUUAAGUAUAUUCGUAGAGUUAUUGUG